UUGCCCUGGUCCGAGGUGGAAUUCCCUGUCCCGGCGUUCGAGCCAGUCGUGCCGGCGUGAUCCACUUCGCACCAACACGACGUGGCGAGGACCACCGGAGGAGAAGGGGUUGCCUCGUGCUUCGUCGGAGGUGCUUAAGGACUAGGAGUUACAAUUUUUACGCUUUUUCUGAGAAGUAUAUUACUGUCACAACCGCACGCCACGCUUUGAAAUUUUGUUGAUCUCGACUUGCAACGUGUGUGCCUUACAUUUUAUUUUUACAACUUUUUUGCUGCCUGUUCCUUGUUCAUGUUCAUCAAAAGCUAAAUCCGUUUUCAUACACAAAAUGUUCCACGCUCGAUUUAACAAAAUGCCACAACUUGAAAAAAAUAGUCGAUUAACUUUUUUCCCGCAAGGGUUUUUCUCGUUUCGCCUACUUAGCAUAACAGUCAAAAGCAUAAGCGCACUUUUAUCGUUUCUCGUUGUUGUUUAAUUGCGUGCAUGUUCGUAAUUUCAGUUUCUCUUUCUUCCUUUCAAGUUCCGCGCGUUCUACUGCGACAGCCAGCUUGUUCUACCAAGGUAAGUAAUAUCAUCAUAACGCCAAGGCCUGCGAUCUCAUUACAUAUAGAUACGCCACUACUUAAACUUACGCACGUCCCGUAUCAUCUCACUACCGCUUACAACAUGCUUGAUAGUCCCAAUUUCCAAUCUCCACAAAAGACAUAG